AAAAAAAAGGAAGGCUGACGAGAAUUGUGUUUCUUUUUCAGCUUCAACUGAACUGUGUGUUGACAUAACAAGUGCGGAUGGUGAGUUCGAAAUAUCUGAGAACAAUGUUAAAGUGUGCACCGGACGAGUCUAUUCACCCGAAGAGGAGACAACAGCAACUAAGGAUUUCAGCGAAUGGGAGAAGAAACAAACUUUUCAACUGAAUCAGAAAGACAUCUACAAAGAAUUAAAACUCCGGGGCUACGAAUAUGGAAAAACUUUCCAAGGGAUUACCUGUUCCAAUUUACAAAGAAGUCGCGGUCUCCUAACAUGGACGGGGGAUUGGAUCGUUUUUCUGGACACCAUGAUGCAACUCAUUGUGCUUGGAUCCUACAAACGAGGCCUUUACCUUCCAACACGAUUACAGAGUGUGAAAAUUAAUCCACUGUCUCAUGAUAAAAUGCUCCAGGAUUCAUUUAGAGAUUUGGAAGGUAUUCCAGUUGUUUAUGAUAAGAAUACUAAAUGCUGUAGAGCUGGUGGAGUAGAAAUGAAACAUUUGAAAGCAACUUUCGCUCGAAGACGCCAAGGGAAGCGAACCCCGACACUUUCAGAAUAUCACUUUGUCCCCUACAAUGAGACACAAAUACUCUUAGAAUCAGAAAAGAAAACGUUGGAGCAUUACAUUAGGGUAUGCACUUUUGUGGCGAAAAGUAUACUCGACAAAAGCGAUAAGUAUACAAACUUUCAUUUCACAAAUAACUAUGCAGAAAUAGAGAGAGGCGUCGCCAUGAAACAUUUAGAAAAAGUAGGGGAGCGAGAGAUUCUGCUGCAAGCUCUCAAAAACGCUCAACACGCCGAGACAAGUGAAGAAUUAACUGGAAUUGCAAAUGACUACACAUCGAAAAGAGGCUACGACAUUUUAUGGGAGACCAUGUUUGGCGACAGGCUUUUAAGAAUGCUAUUCGACAUUGUGCUAGAGAAUACAACUUCUAAAGAGUUAAAAAUAUCUGAAGCCGCUGAUGGUCAAAGACUGAUGAGUAUAAGACUUGAAGAAUUAGCCAAGACAUUGAUUACGCCGCCUCCGUUGAAUUUUACAGUUGCUCAUGUCAAUCCGGACUGCGUCAUGAAGGAAGAGCUGAAAAAUAUUGACAUAAUGAAGUGGGAUCCAGACCUUCCACUAGGAAUGAAGGACGUUGACUUCUUUGUGAUAAACUGCAACAGGGUCGAACAGACUUUGCGGAGUGCGGCAUCAGCUGUAAAAGACAACGGUUUCGUUGCAGUUCUGCUGAGGACUAAGGUUCUCCCCGCAGAAAUGUUUCUCGCUGCAGCUGGGGAAACAGUUAUACCCGUUCAAGAUGAAAGUGAUUUCGAACUCAUUUGUGAGGAAUUAAACUUAGCAACCAUUUGCAAGAAAUCUGAUUCCCUGACUUCUACGUUGUACUUGUUGAGGAAAGUGUCACAUGCUACUUCGAAAAAUGUCGUUGUUGUUCCUCUCGUUGAUUUCGAUUAUGAAAAGUGGGUGGAUAGAAUAAAAGGUGAAAUCUCGCAAUGGAAUGAAUGCAAAAGGAUUUGGCUUGUGAGUGAAUCGUCGGCACACAGUGGAAUCAUCGGUUUAGUUAACUGCUUAAGGCAAGAACGAAAGGGUACUAGUAUCAGGUGUCUGUUCAGAAGCAAAGCUGAUUUCUCUACAGACAACAACAAUCAAUGGUUUCAGGAUCUAGUUCGGAAGGAUCUCGCAAUGAAUGUAUACCAAGGAGGCGUGUGGGGAUCCUAUCGUUAUUUGAAAUUUACUGAAGGUUCCAACAAGAGAGAGUCUAGCGCUGCUUACUUAAACUUUCUAACUCGAGGUGAUUUGUCCAGUUUUGUUUGGAUAUCACCUAACACUUUGGAGAAAAGUGUGUUAUGCCAAGUUUAUUAUGCUCCUCUCAACUUCAGGGAUAUUAUGCUAGCAAGUGGAAAAUUGCCACCUGAUGCCAUACCAGGAGACCUUGCUCGCCAAGAUUGUAUUCUAGGUUUAGAAUUUUCUGGAAGGUUAUCCAGCGGGAAAAGGGUGAUGGGAUCAGUUCCAGCCAAAGGUUUAGCCACGUCCGUCGCAUUCGAUCCUGACUUUCUGUGGGAUGUUCCAGACGAAUGGACUCUUGAAGAGGCCUCAACAGUUCCAAUAGCCUACUCCACUGCAUAUUAUGCCCUGGUUGUGAGGGGAGGAUUGAGAAAGGGUGAAAAGGUCCUCAUACACUCUGGCAGUGGCGGAGUUGGACAAGCCGCCAUUUCAAUCGCUCUCGCUAUUGGAUGUCAAGUUUUUACCACAGUCGGUUCUCCGGAAAAGAAAGAGUUCCUGAAAAAACGUUUCAAAGCACUGGAAGAGAGACAUUUCUGCAAUUCACGAGAUACAUCGUUUGAAGAACAUAUUUUAGAUGCAACCAACGGAGAGGGCGUGGAUGUCAUCCUAAAUUCACUCGCCGAUCAGCAGUUAAAGGCAACAUUGAACUGUUUGUCCCAACACGGACGUUUUCUGGAGAUUGGAAAAUAUGAUUUAUCAAAUAACAGUUCGUUAGGGAUGGCAAUCUUCUUGAAGAACAUAUCAUUCCACGGCAUACUGCUAGAUGCACUGUUUGAGAAUACCAGUUACAGCCGUCGUGUGAAGAAACAAGUUGUCCAGUUAGUGAAGGAUGGCAUGGCUGACGGAACGGUGAAACCUCUCAACUCAAUUGUUUACAAUCACGAUGAAGCAGAACAGGCAUUCCGAUUCAUGGCCAGUGGUAAACACAUAGGAAAAGUCAUCUUGAAAAUAAGAGAAGAAGAAACCAAUAAAAAUGCCAUCCCUAAACCAGUGAAAAUGGUUACCCUGGCCAGGACAAAGUGCAAUCCCAUGAAAUCGUAUGUUAUUGUUGGUGGUUUGGGAGGCUUCGGUUUAGAACUUUGCCAUUGGUUGAUUGAGAAGGGAGCGCAUCACGUGAUACUAACAUCAAGAUCUGGAGUUAAAUCUGGUUACCAACAACUCUGCUUGCAGAGAUGGAAGGAAGAGGGUGUUAACGUGACUGUGUCGCAUUUAAAUGCAUCUAACAUCAAAGAAACGGAAUCCCUUUUGAGAAUGGCAUCAUCUUGCGGCAGUGUAGGAGGAAUUUUCAACUUGGCUUUGGUAUUACGGGAUGCAUUUAUGGAAAAUCAAACAGUAAAAAAUUUCGAAGAAGUAGGUGAAUCAAAGAUCCAAUCAACUCUGAACCUAGACCAAAUAUCCCGUAAACUGUGCCCUGAAUUGGAAUGGUUUGUUUGUUUCUCAUCAGUCAGUUGUGGUCGAGGCAAUGCUGGGCAAAGUAACUAUGGAUUUGCCAAUUCAGUUAUGGAGAGAAUAUGUGAGGAGCGCUGCAAACAAGGAUUGCCUGGUCUUGCUGUACAGUGGGGUGCUGUAGGUGGUGUGGGAGUGGUUGAAGAUACUUUGGGCUCCGAUGCAGUUGUCGCAGGAACUCUCCCUCAACCUAUCCAUUCAUGCCUUACAGUCUUAGACAAGUUCUUACAACAAUCGCAUCCCGUGGUCUCCAGUUUUGUGCCAUGCCAACUAUCACAAUUUACUCCUAAAAAACAAGAGAAGCGCCGUGUACUCGAUACAAUAGCCAAUAUAUUCGGUUUGGCGGAUAUACCCAGUCCUGAAUCUACUCUGGGAGAACUUGGUAUGGAUUCUCUGAUGGGCGUGGAAGUCAGUCAAUACCUUGAGAGAGAGUUUGAGUUAUCCCUCGGCAUUCCUGAACUUAGACAGUUGAAAAUAAAAGACUUAAAGAACCUUCAAGACUCAUAGCAAUCUUCAUAAAUGUCGUUUAAUAUGCAUUUUUAUUAAUAAUAAAAAAUGAAUUUAUUUAA